AUGGGUAGAACAUUGAAAGAUUUCCCUGACAUGCCUUACCCAUCUGAAAUUUACCUGAAAUCAGACAUCAACCGUAUGAUUUCUGAAGAGACUUCGUAUGAUACUUCUGCAAUGAAAGAUAUGCAUGACACAAAUUUUAAAAAGAUGAAUGCCGAACAAAGGAGCGCUUAUGACUCCAUUAUAAACAGGGUAUACAAAAAAGACGGAGGUGUAUUCUUUGUUCAUGGCAGCGGUGGUUGUGGUAAGACCUUCCUUUGGCAGACCAUCAUAAGUCGUCUUCGCUCGGAACACAAAAUUGUCAUUCCUGUUGCAUCUUCUGGCAUUGCAGCCACGCUUCUUCCUGGAGGCAGAACUGCUCAUUCACGUUUCCACAUACCCAUCAAACUUGAUCAGCAUUCAACGGCUGGCAUAAAGCAUGGUACAGACCUUGCCGAGUUGCUUCAACAUACUGAUUUGAUUGUUUGGGAUGAGGCUCCAAUGCAGCAUCGCUACGCGUUUGAGUGCGUUGAUAGGAGUUUAAGAGAUAUUAUGUCUGCUGUUGACUCAUCUAAUUCUGCAAAACCUUUCGGUGGGAUAACCAUAGUGUUCGGUGGAGACUAUAGGCAGAUUUUGCCUGUAAUUCCCAAAGCUGGCAGGCCCGAUAUUGUUGCCGCCUCGCUCAACCGAUCAAAAUUAUGGGAUCAUGCAGAGGUACACCUUCUAAGUAGGAACAUGCGUCUUCAUGCUGGAAACACACCUGAGCAGAACAGAAUUAUUAAAGAUUUUAGUGAGUGGCAGCUUAGAAUCGGAGACGGUAAGAAAUGUCAUGAUUUUGAACCAGAUGCAAGCAACGACGCAAACAUGAAAAUGCCUGAGCGAUUUCUAAUUCAUGCUGAAGAGAGUCCACUUCAGUCUUUAGUUGACAGAAUUUAUCCGGGCUUCGAGGAAAAUUUUCAGUCUCAUGAAUACAUCCGUGACAGAGCAAUUCUGACUCCAACUAAUGUUGUUGUUGACGACAUAAACAAGAUUAUCCUUGACAAGAUACCUGGUGAAACGUACACGUAUUACAGUCAGGAUUCAAUGGAAGACAACGGAAGUGAGAAUAAUGAUUUUGCCGAAUCAUUUCCAAUCGAGUACAUAAACUCAUUAAACAUGCCUUGCAUUCCCAAGCAUGAGUUGAAGCUCAAGGUUGGUACGCCGGUCAUGCUUAUGAGGAACUUGAACCAGAUACUUGGACUAUGCAAUGGAACCAGGAUGAUUGUUACAGGUUGCAAGAAGAACAGUAUAGAGUGUCAGAUUAUUACGGGUACACAUAAGGGAACAAAACAUUUAAUACCGAGAAUUGAUAUGAUUCCAACUGAUACCAUAUGGCCUUUUGAUUUUAAGAGGACUCAAUUCCCGCUGCAGAUAUGUUUUGCCAUGACCAUCAAUAAGAGUCAGGGUCAGUCGCUUGGCACUGUUGGAUUGUACUUGCCUAGACCUGUUUUCACACAUGGACAGUUAUAUGUGGCGAUAUCACGAGUUACAUCUCCCGAUGGUCUACAUAUCAUGAUUGUAGGCGAUGAUGGUCACACAAAAGACAUAACAAAAAAUGUUGUCUAUGAGGAAGUUUUCUACAACAUUCCUUCGAACUUGCCCGUGCAUGCAAUACUCACUCCUGCUAAAUGGAAUUCAUUGGACCACCCCAUCGUCGAGGGGAAUGUUUACGAAAUCGCUGAUUUUGUAGCCAGAAUACCAGUUGGAAAGAUACGACCGGUCCAGACACCAAAAUGUAUUUUGUUCACACCGGUGACGAGUGUGAACCCUGUCACCGAACCCGACGUCAGCAUUCCCGUUAAUUGUUUCAAGUUCAUCAGUCUAGACAAUCUGAAUGAACAUGCCCCCGCCAACUCCAGUAGUGACAUGCCUAUUCAAUGCAUAGACCUUAUUGGUGUUGUCGAGAAUCCUGGACAGAUCAUUCCUAUUGUUACCAAGUCAGGACCGAAAAUCGUGCAUUCUUUUAACAUAACUAAUGGAAAGAGAUCAUUUGCGGUCAGAGUAUGGGAACAACAUCAAUCGUCUUCCAAUGUGUUGUUCAAUGAUAAUCUUGAUACACCCGUGGUGGUCGUAAUAGCAAGUGCCAGAGUUAUGAUUUGUCCAUCAUCUUUAUCGGUCUCUACUAUGCCAUUUUCAAAGGUUCAUAUCAAUCUUGAUAUUAAGGAGAGUGACGAGAUGCGGCAAAUCUACGCCCACAACGUGAACGGUUAA